AAUGGGCCAAAACUAUACCGAAGGUGAAAGGCGUUUACACUGCCAUUAAACCAAUAUGUCAAGCACUUGAAAUUGAUCGACAACGAUGUGAUCAAGCUAUGAUUCCAGUAAGCUUUAAUGGCCUCGAUCCUCUAUUUAUGUAUACACAAUUGUUAAAAGAAGCACUCUUGGAGAUCGAAGAUGAUGAUAAAAAAUCCAUCAAAGAUUUGACCGAUUAUUGUCAUGAACAGGACGAUAUUCCUGAAGACGAAAUCAAACAAGUUGAACGUGAAUAUCGCAAACAUACACCCAUAUGGUGGUAUACAGCUGAAACAUUUGUGUAUCCAAUGCUCAAUCGUGGACUUCGACAAAUGGAUGUCGACAUAAUACUUAAAAUGGGCUUUUUCAUCCGGCAUCUACAUAAUCAUAUUACAGAAUUACACCGCGAACAACAAGCCAGCAUGAUGCAGACAAAUUUUCAAGUCUUUCGUGGACAAGGUUUGUCCGUGGAAGACUUUGAAAAAAUGAAAAAAACUAAAGGAGAACUUAUGUCCUUCAAUAAUUUCCUGUCAACAAGCCACAACCGCAAGAUUUCUCUCGAAAACUUUGCACGGCCAGCUACAAAGAAUCCCACUUCAGUCGGCAUCCUCUUUAUUAUGAACAUUGGCACGACCGUUUGCACAAAAUCAUCAACACCAUUUGCUGAAGUCAGCCAAGUUGGCUACUACAAAAAUGAAGAGGAAGAAAUACUCUUUUCAACACAUACAAUUUUUCGCAUCGAUCGCAUUGAACGAAUUCACGACGAGCAUACGGAUCGCCUAUGGCAGCGUAUGGUUCGCCGAGGCGCAGCAGCUACAAAAUUUCGCGUACGCGCGACCAGGGAUACCCUUCAUAUUUCAUUGGCUCGUACAGUGGACAAAGCCAGCAAUGGUUUGGCAAAUAUACAAUGA